AAAAAAAGGCUGGAGAGAAAGGGAGAGGGAGAGAGAUGAUGCACCUGCUCACGAUCACCUGAGGAGACGAGACAGGAGAUUCGCAAGAGCUGCAGCAAGAAGACAGACCGUCACCAGCAUGGUGGGACACCUCCAUAUCUGAGACACUCUCCUUCAGGCAGGCAGCUCGUCAUCCCCCCAGGGCCAUCCCUCCAGACUCCGUGGUGCUAUGGCUGACUCAAGCUGGUGGAAGCUGACCUUCUCACGCAAGAAGAAAUCUGAACCUAAGGUUUUGUAUGAAAUCCCAGCAGAGCACGGAUGCAACAAUGAGAACAAAGACCAAGCAGGCAUCUCUUCAGACAAUAUGGAUAGCCAGUUCAACGCGAGGCUGGAGAAGAUUGUGGAUAAAUCUGCCACCAAAGGCCGUCACGUCAAAGUGUCCCACUCCGGUCGCUUCAAAGAAAAGAAGAAAGUCCGAUCCACGCUGGCAGAAAACCCCAGUCUGUUCGCAGAGCACAACCUCAGUAGUGAAAAUCAUAAAAACAAGGCGGACAAAUAGCAAACUGCAUCUACAUGAUCAUAAAGGUGUCAUAAAUCACUCAGACAAAGGGCUACUGCCGCACCGUACCACAUCCAAGUGGCAACAGUAACUAAAACAAACAGGCGGUAUCUUGAAAUCGACGUUAAUUUAUUCACAAACUGAAUCAUGGACCGGUUCUGGAAACAUUUCUCUCAUUAUUGUAAAUGUUGAAUUCUAAAAACAAAUGUCCAAAUGUUCUUAAGCAUUUUUUUUUUAUGUUUGCACUGGUGUGUUUUUUUAAGUAAGAGCUGAAAUGAAGUAGCUUGAGCUUAACCUCCUUCGUCUUGUGCAACAAUUAUGUAUUUUUAUGAUUUAAAAAGGACCUUUUAUCAAAAGAUACAGUCCAUUUGCUUGAAUUUAAUGAGAAAACAUGCAAAACUUGAUUCAAAUACGGAAUGUCAGAAAAAUGAUUAAAUGCUCACAGUAGCCCCAGAAGGUAUUUACCUGGUAUUAACUAUUGUUUUCUAGGUAAAUAUCUAAAAUAAGUAAUAAAAACUCUGAGAAAAUGAUUUAUCAACUUGUGAAGGGCUUUUUAUCCAUUUUUACUGUGCUGGAAAAAUAAUUGUUUAGAAUGUUUUUUAUUAAUCAAAUGCAAGUUUAUAAAUUUUGUAAAUGACUGUUGUAAAGAUUUUUGGGGGUAACAUUAAAUUAUAACUUAAAAUAAAUUGUUUCAACAUUUU